AUGAAACAGGCGAAACUUCUGCAGCGCAUCAUAAAACGAAGAAAAGGCGCUCGAUUACUCAAAAUGAAACGUCUACGCCUGGUACAAGCUCGGAGAUUACUAGCCAAGGAAAAUGUCGCAGCGGAUUUGAGAGUAGAGACGGAACGUAGACUAAAGGCCUUAGAGGCAGAUUUGGGUCGUGCGGAAGCAUCACGAAAAGAACGAUCUCUGGCUGUUCGAUACCACAAAAUAAAAUUCUUUGGUACGUGA